UUAGUUCACAACUUCACAAGUACCGAUCUUAUCAUUUGCAAAUCCUCCAAUUCUUGCACAAGUGUAGAACGCAGAGCUCCUCUUCCCAUCAAUGGCUGCCACACUCUUUCUCCUCCCUUCAAUCGUUUUUCACCACCAUAACACUUUCCACUCCAAAUUGUCUUCCAAAUCAAAGCUUCAAUCGUUCGUUCUCUCCCCUCCAAAAAAAUCAAAUCAAUCCCCAUUUAUUCGCUUCUCCACCUCUUCUUCCUCACCUGAUCAUCCUUCACCUCCGACUCCAUCUUCUUCCAUUGAUUAUAAGACCCAAACCCCACAAAAUUUCCGGCGUUUUUUGACCAAUGAAGAGCUACAGGAAGAGCUUCAAAAGCUUCAAUUUCUCGAAAAUUUCACUUAUUUUUGCAAAUUGCCAUCUGGGUAUUUGUAUAUUAGGGCAAUGCAGGAUACGGAGCUUGAUAUGACUGUUGAUUUGCUUGCAGAAUCAUUUGCUGAGUCCAUGCUUUUGCCUAAUAUGUAUAUGACUGUGUUAGGGUUUUUGAUUAAGCAGUAUAUGAUUGAAAGGAGGGGUUUGUUGCCUCAUUGUGUUACCCUGAUUGGGUUUUUUCGGGGCGAAGAAGGAAGUGGAGAUGAAGAGUUGGCUGGGACAGUGGAGGUAUCCUUUGAUAGAAGGGGUGCUAAUUCUUCACCUCCUACCCCAACCCCACCUAAGAACAGCCCUUACAUUUGUAACAUGACCGUAAAAGACCGUCUUCGAAGGAGGGGCAUAGGUUGGCAUCUUCUGAAGGCAAGCGAGGAACUGAUAUCAAACAUGAGUUCGACAAAAAAUGUAUACUUGCAUUGUAGAAUGAUUGACUCAGCACCAUUUAGCAUGUAUAAGAAGGCCGGAUAUGCUGUUGUUACGACAGACAACUUUUUAGUCCUACUCAAGCUGCAGAGACGGAAACAUUUGAUGUGUAAAGAACUUCCUACUUUGAGCAAGCCCUUGGAAACGGUCAUUGCUAGGGAUGAAGAAGUGGCCCCGUCUUUAAUGGAUGGGAGAGAAUCAGAACCUCUGUUAGUUGAUGAGGUUUUGAAGAGCUCUCUUGAUAUGGAUGCAUGAUAUCCAGCUUUAGGUUGCCAUUCUGCAUGUAUUCAUACACAAGGAACCGGUGCUUUCCGUCGGCACAAUAACCGAUUAACGAAACGAGAUUCGGAUGGUCCAGCCUGCUCAAGAUGUCAACUUCCACUCGAAAUUCACGCUCACCUUCUGCU